AUGUCGCAGUAUACGUACGCUCCUCUGGCAGACUCGCAAAUUCGGUUCCUUCGCAUACAACGACAUGCAGCCACUCUGCAGCUAGUAUGUGACUUAGAACGGGUUGUUGUCCCUUUCGGCGAUGGAUACGCGGCGCUUUCGUAUACAUGGGGUGACCUUACGCCGACGCGUAGCGUUCUCAUCGAAGGCAGAAAUCACGAUGUUCCUCAGAACCUUUUCGAUUUUUUUCAAGCCUACCUCGUCGCUCAUCCCGGGGAAUCAUCACCCAAUGGGAAUCUUUGGGUUGAUCAAAUAUGUAUCAAUCAGCUUGAUCAUGAUGAGCGGAGCCAGCAAGUGAGCAUGAUGGAUAAGAUAUUUCGAUCAGCGAGCAAGGUGCUCGUCUGGUUAGGAUGUGAGCCUGCUAUGGUCGAGGCUGCGCGACAGGUGCGGUAUGGCGAUACUAGUAAUGCUGUCGCGACAUUGUUGCAUCAUCCGUACUUCUCAAGGGUCUGGAUUGUCCAGGAAGUUGCGCUCGCACGGAAAAAGGUCAUUUUAUGUGGAGACGUGCAGCUCGAAUGGAGUGACUUGCUUGAUGCUGUAGCAAAGCACUUCGACGUCUUAGACCGCAUACCAGCAGUGGUCCAUGAGAAAGAACACUACAGAACGCUUGAGAUGUGUCUGUACAAGUACUGUUGGAACGACUGUCACGACCCGCGGGACAAGCUGUACGGCCUACUCGGUCUGACUGCUGAAAGAUGGCGCGUCAACGUCAACUACAACAAGACAAUACUGGAGGUAUAUCUGGACGCUGUCUGCGCGGUCUGCGAAGAGCUAUUCGACAUCCUGGAUCCGGACUGUUUUUACGAUGGAUGUAUUGAGUACCCCGUGAACCUCGAAAACUAUCGCACAACACUCCUUGCUUUGGGUGUAGCGAUGGGGUUUCCUAAAAAUCAGCUCAUGGGCCUAGGACCUUUCAUCGAAGCAAUACAAGCAGUGUACCACAGCACGUAUUUGCGGAACAUCUCGUUCAUUUUCACUGGGCUCCUCCAUUCGAAAGAACGAGAGCAAGAUUGUGCGUAUGAUGUGACACACCCGAAAGCAAACAUUGCAGUCCGUUGGGGCUCGAUUGUUGCAACCCGGCGAAAUCCUUUCGUGCGCGACGUCAUCCCUCGGAUGGGCUUACAAAUAGCCUCAGCUUCAUCGCAGGACGACGUGCAUGGCGAAAACGAUGAUGAAGGGCCAGCCUGGGAUCGAUGGUGGUUCGAGCACAACGGUAGGACGCAAUACUUCAUCUGCCCACACACCGACGAGGUUGCGCUGUCCAGAUCGGCAGAGUCUUGA